CAAACAAUUGCACAAGGUUCAGUCAUUCAGUGUUUCACAGCCUGUCUGACUUAAAUCAAGACCCCUCAUAUUUAAGCCGGUAUGCAAACCAUUGUGCUGUUGGUGUUGUGGGUACUGGGAACAUCACUGGUGUUGCCAGACCCCGACACAGCUGGAGAGAAAGUGGCCGAAGAACCCAUUCCAUGUUGUAGUGGAUGCACCUGUAUGCAUGAUGACUACAGCUUGGAGGUCAACAUGUACUGCAGUGCUCGUAACUUAACAGAAGUCCCAUCCGACAUGCCCCUCGCUACUCAUUCCCUCUGGCUGGAUGGCAACCUGUUCACCUCCCUCCCAGCAGCGUCUUUUAAGGAUCUUUCUAACCUGGACUUUUUGAAUCUGCAGAGUGGUGAGCUGGUCACACUUGACCCUCAGGCUUUCAAAGGACUUAGGUCGCUUGCACACAUUCACCUCGAGCGAAAUCGCAUCCGACAGUUACCAGGUACGAUUUUCCAGAAUACCCCUAACCUUGCUUCAAUUAGUCUACAUAACAACCAACUCACUCGUCUUGAAGAAAGACUGUUUGCAGGACUCUCAAACAUGUGGCUUCUCAACCUAGGGUGGAACUCCUUAGCAGUUUUACCUGAGACAGCUUUCCAUGACCUGCAAGGUCUACGGGAGCUUGUUCUCGCAGGAAAUAGACUUGCUUACUUGCAGCCACAGCUUUUCCAAAAUCUCGCUGAGCUUAAAGAAUUGGAUCUGACUGGAAAUCUCCUCAAGGUCAUCAAAGCUAAUGUGUUUGUUAAACUAACUAAACUGCAAAAGCUUUACCUGGCCCAGAAUCAAAUUGUUACAGUCGCACCCAGAGCUUUUGUAGGAAUGAAGUCACUAAGAUGGAUGGAUCUCACAAACAACAGACUGACUUCUCUCCAUGACGACACUUUCUUGGGCCUGCACAGUCUUCACGUACUGCGUCUUUCCAACAACUCAAUCACUGGAAUCAGGCCCAGGACUUUCCGUGAUCUGCAGUAUUUAGAAGAGCUACGACUCAGCUACAACAGGAUCAGAGCCCUGGGGGAAAGGAUCUUUGAGGGGCUUGGUCAUCUGGAGGUCCUAGAGCUAGAGCACAACCAAGUGCAGGAGGCACAAGUGGGUAGUUUCACUGGGCUCUCUCAUGUUGCUGUCAUCAACUUGUCUGGAAGCUGCUUCCACAGUCUGCCGGAUCAAAUGUUCAAAGGUCUGUCAAAGCUUCACAGCCUUCACCUGGACAAAGGUUGCCUAGAAAGAGUCACAACUCAAGCUUUCACUGGACUCUCUGGUUUACGGAGGCUGUUCUUGCAGCACAACAACAUCUCUGUGGUAGAACGCCACAGUUUUGGGGAACUGGUGGGCCUACUGGGACUGGACUUGAGUUUCAACAAGAUGGAAGUUCUAACAUCUCAUACAUUCUCUGGCCUUAGGAAUUUGGAGUACUUGCUGUUGUCUAACAAUGAAUGUCGACAAUUUUUGCAGAAUGGCACAAAGCAGCUACUCCCAAGACUGCGCUAUCUGGACCUGAGAUCUAAUACAUUGACAAGCGUGGUCCCUGAUUUUCCAGAGAAUAUGGAAAAACUUUUGCUAUCUGGGAACCGGUGGAAAUGUGAUUGCAGUUCCCUCCCACUCAGAAACUACAGCUUGAGGAAUCCGUCGGUGAUACCUCGGCAAGUGGAGACUCACGCAGAAGGUGAAGAGCCCGACACAACUAUCACCAUAUUCAACAAUAUAACAUGCACCAGCCCAACACGUCUGGUUGGUCAGGAUCUGCGAGAUAUUGACCAGGAACUCUUUCAAAGCAACAUUGUUGACGAGUCCGAGAAUGGAGACAUUGCCACCAUAUAUCAGAGACCAGCUGGUCUGUCCCUCAUUGUCCCUGAAGACUUUGACCUUUUCUCAAUGGAGGAUGGUGAUCUAGAGGACUUGUUGAAACCUGUACCACAGACAUGCUGGUCGGAAGAGAGUGUGCAGCUGGAUGAUGAUGAAAACGUGGAAGGCACUACUGUGACUCGAACACAACACUCUGAUGCUGAUGUUGAGGCAGAUGCUUGCAAGAGAGGCAUUGUGGAGUUGAACAGAGCGAAACCAGAUGACUCUGUAAAACCAAAUGUAGACAACAAAACAGAUGAUGGGGGUUUUCCCGUCCUAUCAUUUGCAAGGCUUGACCAGUGGGAUUUGGAUGAUGUGCUCAAAAACUUGGACGGGCUACCUCUGCAACAAUGUGUGUCAGUAGAACCUUUGAAAACACAUGCAGAUGAUGACAAGGACAGAUCCCAAGGAAAUGUAAUGGAGAGACUAGUUGCUUUCUGUAACAGCCAGUCAUCUCAGUCCGUGUCAGAGCCUGUGAAAAGUCCAAACCACAUCAGACAUAAUAAUGUGUGGAAUAAAUCAUCGGUGAGGACGGAAGCCGAGCUGCAGCUGAGCCAGCAGGAAUGUCCCCGUGUUUAUAUGGACCUGCGCUGCCCUGAACCUUCAAUAAAACCACCAAGAACAUCCACAAAUCUUUCAUCAGAGUCCAGGUCACCAGCCAAACUCAACAAUCACGAGGAAACACCACCUGCAAAGAAACGCAAUCUCAAAAUGCAUGCUGGAUUACAGAAUGGGGACAGGGAAGUGACUGGAAAGAGUAUGUUGCUUCAGAAAAUCAGGGAGAUGAACAGAAACGGGAAAAGACAUCCCAAUGUAUAUGCAGACCCUCCAAAUUCAGUGCCAGAGAAUGUACCAGAAAAACUACCCAAGUCUGUAGAGUCUACUUUAAGACAUGAGUCACACAAUCUGUGGGGAGAAAAACAAUCUUCUCAUGUACAGUUUGAGUACAGAAACCCUAAAAUGGAAAGCCAACCAACAACUCAGAAAAUAACAAUCAAAGAACCAAAGCAGCAGAGUGACCAACAGAGACCUCGAGCUAAGCAGACAUAUCCACGUGAGCAACACCAGCAGAUUCUUAAGCAACUGGAAAAGCAUCGUCCACCCAAAUCUGUCAAUCAGACGCAGCCAUCUGCUGAAAACACUGAUGUUCUUUAUGAUUUUGAAGCAUCACAUCUACAGUCGAUCAGUACACUACCUGCAGAUAUUGAAAGUAAGGGACGUAUGCUGCUGAUCGUAGACCUCUCCAGUCCCGGUGCGGUUGGAUCCAGAGCUCACAGGAAGCCCAAACAUCUGAAUUCAGCAGAAACCAAAUCAGACAUCUACAACACUUUAGUGGCUUGGUUUCUGUCUCUGGUUGGCCCCGAGCCACGCCAUGAUGAAGACGAGGUUGGUGCAAAGGUCCCAUUCUGGGUUGCAGGACUCCAGCAGCUGUGGAGCGAGGAUGGACUGGGUUUGCACGUCUUAGCUGUGGCUCGUCACUCCUAUCCACCAAGGAAAAGAGACAAAGACCUCCAUACACCUUUCUAUAACCAUGUCUGCAGGUUCCUCACUGAGACCUCCCUCUCUCUUAUCGCCACCUGGCUGCCUCAGCUCAGAAACCUGCUGGACCAACGAGCCUAUGCCUCACCCAUCCAUCUGCCUUCUUCCUCUUUAAAUUGUUUCAUCUCCACCACCCCCAACAUAAAGGUGAUAGAUAGGACUUUUGGUCUCAGUCCAGGCUUUUACUGGCAGACUGUGGAAACUCAGGAGCAUGUUUGUAAGGGGAGAGAGACCACACAAGAGCUUCAGACCGAAGUAUCGGUCGCUCUGGGGUUUAAAGCUUUCCUCCUACAUCCUGUCAUAGCACACUACACCCUCCAACUCGUUCUCGACUCAGGGCUCGAUGUGUGUGGUCUGCGGCUCCUUUAUCCACCACAGGGGUUCCUGAAUUACAGUGCUGGUGCUGUUCCAGUAAUCCAAAGAACUGAUGAGACCUGCCAGCCUGUUCUUGCCCUUGCUGUGCGGGGCCCUCGUGCUCACUCAGUGCUGAAAGAUCUAACUAGCUCCUUAAAACCUCUGAUGCCCAGAGAGACAGAUCACCAUCCUCCCGAACCUCCUCUUCUCUUCUCCUCUGGACUGGACAGCCAGGUCCACAGGGAGCUGUGCUUGUGGUUUUCAGGAAGAGUUACAGGAAGAAGUGCACAGGCUCACAACCGGCCUCUGAAUAGAGUUGUACCUUCGAAUGACAGAAGAGGAGUCUUUCUGUGUGCUACGACGAAAGCCGACUUACUCCUGGUGGUGUCGCCUGCCGUGCCUCCAUGUUGCUACGGCCAAGUGCUGGCUGUUUGUGAACGCAGAGGCUUCAGUCUGUGGGGGGUGCAGAGGCCGCAGCUUCAGAGUAAUGGCGCUGCAGUCCUCGGACUCUCCAAUCAGCAGGCUCGCGUGUUCUGCAGUCCACACAUUGUGACACCAGAUCAGGGUCAGCCGGAGCUGCCCUCUCACUGUCUGGUGUUGUUACUGAGGAAAGAAAAUGCAGUACACCACAGUGUUAGUCUGCCAGCAGCCCUAAUGAGAGAAUUUAAGGCACAAAAGCUUCUGGGUUGCCUCCAGUCCAGAGUUGAUGGGCUUCAGACAGUAGAGCCAGGCUUCUGUUUCCACACUGUGCCUUACAGCAGCAACCUGUACGAUGUCUUUGUUAAGGGUAUGUGGGCAGUGCCAGAUCCCUCCAGUGUGAUCCUGUCCCAUCAGAAGUGUUCAUCCGACUCCGACAAGGAGCAGGUGGCGAUUUUGACCUUCUGUGGAAAGGACAUGAGACAAGGCCUGAGCCUCUUACACAGAGUGUUGACGGAGGAGCCAGAAGGAGGAUUCAAGCUGCUUGGCCUGAAGUGGCUGCCUGCGUUGAGUCGACUUCAGGCUCAGGAACUGAAUCCAUACGAGGUGGGGCAGCAGCUCUGCCAGGACAGCCUGGACAAACUGAUGCCCGCUCAUGUCCUAGUGUGUGCUCUUAAACGGGUGGAUGCUUUUGCUUCACUGAGGAAGCUCUUACCACACGAUUACCCCGGUAACCUCAGUGUCCUAAUGUCACCCACACCUGAAGUUGCUUUCAGACAAGCCUCCCUCUUCUUCUUUGAGCAUGAGAUGAUUCCUGCUAGGUUUGUUGAGUGUUGUAUACAACAUGCAAUCAGAUACCAAGUCUAAAGUCGAGUCUUUUGAGAUCUAGUUUGAAGUAUUUGAGCCUAUCACAAGAUUUGAGAAGAAAUAAUAACAGUCUUGUGCGUAUACCUCAGGAAAAGUCUCAUCACCCCACUUCUGUCCACUACAGACCACAGUGCUCACCCAGUUCUGAAGUUCAUUCCCCAAAACUGCAGAACUAAAGGUUUGUGUAUAAAAGGACAACAUCUUGAAUAAAAUUUAUAACAACCAUGUUGAGCGUGAUUUUUUUUAAAUUAUUAAUUGAUAUAGUGAUGUCUUAAAGAAGAUUUCUAAUAACAACUCAGCACAAUUACAUUUUUUCCAAGAGUAUUAUUAUUUUUGAUUGUA